CUCAUCUCACUCUCUAUGCAUCGCAGGAAUCACGACGAUGAGUGCGCCGCCAAAGAAGGGCUGGGGCUCGCUGGCGGGCAACCUCCUCUCCAAUCUCGAGAACCGUCUGGACACUCUGCUCGCCGAUGAGCAGCAGGCUUCUGCCGCCCAGGAAGCACGCGCCGCCGCCCAGUCAAAGACAAACACGUCCUCUUCCGCCACCACCGCCGCCGCCGUCUCCACCAGCUCCAACAAGCUCGCUGCGAAUGGCGCGGCUCCUCCAUCGCGAGAUGCUUCAAGAACGCGAGUCAACGACCGACUGGCAGAGCGAUUAGCCAAAGCGACCGCGUUAAAGACAUCGAGACCUGCAACACCUGCGAAUGACAGUCCCAGGCCAAGUGAAGAAUCGCGGCGUGCUGAAGACGUUCUCGGAUCUGUGCCUGACAUAGCAGUCCAAGCAGAGGGAUCGGCGCUUCCGGAGGUUGUUGACAAGUCAGACAAUGUACCCCUCAACAGCGAGGAAGUGACAGGUGGUGCUGUGGUGGAUGACCAACCACUCUCUCUGGCAGCUUCCACACUACCCCUCAACCCUGCUCGAUUGUCGGGUGAUGGCUCGCGACCCUCUGUCGACUUGGCUUCCUCCAGGCCGUCGUUAGAUGCUCCCAAUGGCACUCACACCCCCAGCGAUAGUGCGGCCGACCAGACGAAGGAGGAAAUUCAGGCCUACAUGGAACGGAUCGAUGCUCUACAAGCUAAGCUCACCUAUCUAGCCAAGGAGACUGUGGCAGCCGCAAAGAAGGCGAAUGCUGCUCCUAGUAGCACGAGCCUGGAGAAGCAGCUAGCUGAGAAGGACGAGAAGAUUGCAUUGCUGAUGGAGGAGGGUGAAAAGCUGAGCAAGAACGAGCUGAAGCAGUUGCAGACUAUCAAGAAGUUGCGGGCCAAAACUACAGAAGAUGACAAGGCCACGGUGGACCUCAAGAAAAAGUUCGAACGUGCGGAGAGGUCUGAGUUGGAACUGAAAAUGAGGCUACGGAAGGCAGAGAGUGCCGAACGACAGGCUGGCGAGAAGAUGAAGCAGAUGGCCAUCAUUGAAUCUCAAGUCGAUGAGUUGCGGGUAGAUCGUGAGAACGCUGCCGAGCUGAUACGAAGCCUUACGACGCAGCUGAAGGAAGCCAAUGAAAGAGCUGCUGCUGCAGAGAAAAGCGCAGUGAACAAGGCAUCAGAAGUUGACAAGCGAAAGAUAGCUGAUCUUCAGAACGAGCUGGAGGAUGCACAAAUCGAAAAGAAGCUAGCUUUGGACCGCGCUGCAUCAGAGACCAAAAAGCUACGCGAGGAAGCCGAGCGGCAGCAGGAACGUUUCAGCGUGCGAGAGCUCGAGUUCAAGAGCGAAGUGUCGGGUCUGGAGUCGAGGCUGGAAGCCAUGCGUGCAAGAGCGGAGGAAGCUAGCACGACCUCUGGAAGCAACGACGGUGAAGGCAGUAUCAAGCUUGUGAGGCAAGUCGAGAGUUUGCAGCAGCAGUAUGCGUUGGCCAAAGGCAAUUGGGAGACCAUUGAAGGAUCUCUGAACGCCAGGGUCGCCGCUCUCGAAAGAGAAAGGGACGAGGCUACAAAGCGAGAGACCGAUGUCAGGAAGAGAGCACGCGAUGCGGGAGUGAAGUCAAGGAAAGCCGAAGAAGAGCUUGAAGGCGCCAUGGACAAAAUCCAAAGUCUCACGCAGGAAAUCGCAUCCCAGCAAAAACAGAUCAGCGCCCUCCAAGAUAAGCUGGAGCAAGCGGAAACAGCCCAAGCCGAGGCGAGGAUUGAUUUGGACCGCCAGCGCAAUACAUGGGAAGCUGAGCUUGCCUCGCGACUGGAGGAAGAAAGGCUCAAGCUACGAAAAGAAUUGCAGAGCUCUUCACAGUACGGCGGAAGUGUGCAGUCCCCGACAGCGUCUCAAUCGCGCAAAAUGUCCGACAUUACCAGUUUCCGUGGCAAGAAUCUCUCCCGCAUUGCCUCUCAUGAUCUCUCUACCCUGCACAUUGAUCAAUACCAACGUCCAUCGAGUGCCCAUCGUCGAUCCCCCAUGACGCUUCAGCACUCCACUUCAUAUUCCGCGCGAAGUGGCGGCAAUGGAAUCGGGACUCCAACAGAAGCCUCGCCAUCCAUCAGUAGGCGUGAGUCCAUGAUGCUCUCGUCGUUCCAACCGCAGUCUGGUAACGACAUGCCCCCUACACCCUCGAUUGGGAUUAUCGACAGACUCAGUGAAGUAGGAGGAGUAGGCAACGAUAGUAACUCACCCCAACACACCAUGGCCGAUCUCGUCUCGGAUUCUACGGCUGGACCGGGUGCGGGACCUUCAGUACAACUAGUGGAAAGGAUGAGUUCUCUGGUGAGAAAACUGGAAAGCGAGAAGGCGAGUUUCAAGGAUGAGUUGGAGCGUUUGAAGCAACAAAGAGAUGAAGCUCGGGAUGAAGUUGUGGGGCUCAUGAGGGAGGUGGAAAGUUCGAGGAAGCAGGAGGUGGACGGAGAGGAAAUGAGUACCUUGAAGAAGAGAUAUGAGGCGAGUCUAGAGAUGUUGGGGGAGAGGGAGGAAGAGGUGGAAGAGUUGAAGGGGGAUGUGGUGGAGCUGAAGAGGAUUUACAAGGAACUUGUUGAGACGAAGGUCGGUGGUUGAUUGGUCAUUCCGUUGAUCUACACAUAUAUAUAUACCUUAUCUAUCUUUCUGAAUACGUG